AUGAAAUACACUCUGUUGGUCACAGCCACCGCUGGGCUGGCCCUCGCUGCGCCUCAUGCCCACUCUAAGCGGGACUCAACCUUUGUUUGGUUUGGUGCAAGUGAAUCUGGAGCGGAGUUUGGCAGUGAAGAUAUUCCGGGAGUAUUAGGAACUGACUAUAUUUGGCCGGACACUUCGACUAUUCAAACACUGAUUGAUGAUGGCAUGAACAUCUUUCGGGUACCAUUCCUUAUGGAGCGGUUGGUCCCCAAUUCAUUGACCUCAAGUCCAGACGCGACAUAUUUAGCAGACCUUGAGAGUACAGUGUCAUACAUCACUUCUGCUGGCGCACAUGCUAUCGUCGAUCCUCACAACUAUGGAAGAUACUAUGGAAAUAUUAUCAACUCCACGAGCGACUUUGCUGCGUUUUGGACGACAGUGGCAUCGCAGUUUGUAUCGAAUGAGAACGUCAUCUUCGACACAAACAACGAGUUCAACACUGAAGAUCAGACCCUGGUCCUGAACCUCAACCAGGCUGCCAUUAAUGCCAUCCGAGCUACUGGAGCCACAUCCCAGUACAUUUUCGUGGAAGGGAACUCAUGGAGUGGUGCCUGGACUUGGACAGAAUACAACACUAACCUUGUCAACUUGACCGACCCCAACGAUAAACUUGUCUAUGAGAUGCACCAGUAUCUCGACUCAGAUGGAUCUGGCACAUCCGACGUAUGCGUCAGCACGACCAUCGGACAGGAACGUGUCGAGUCAGCAACAGAGUGGCUUCAAACCAACGGGAAGCUUGGGUUCUUGGGCGAGUUCGCCGGAGGUGCUAACUCUGUGUGUGACACGGCCAUUACUGGAAUGCUGGACUACUUGGAGGACAACAGUGAUGUCUGGCUUGGAGCAUCUUGGUGGGCUGCAGGCCCUUGGUGGGGCGACUAUAUCUUUUCCAUGGAGCCACCGUCCGGCACUGCUUACGAGUACUACAUUGAUAUCUUGUCUGCCUAUUUCCCUGGCGGCUCAGGGGGGCUCUACGUCCACUUCUACUGCGGCAUCUUCCAGUUCAACAACCACCACUACAUCUAA